AGCUGAUGUGACGAAAGGUCAGCGCUUUAAUUGUGGGACGCAUCCAGGCUCCAAAGUCACCUUUAUUCUGCCGACAGAAUUCCACGCCGACAAACUUUUAGUCAUGCCACAAACGGGAACGAUUUGGAAGAUUUAUCUUGGGUUCACUUUCCUGAUUUCUGUUUCAGCGAGUCGUCCGUGUCCCGCGCCAACACUGGAUGGCGGUUAUUUGGUCCCUCAACAAGACACGUAUUCCGAUGGAGCCACGUUGUUCUACGCAUGUGAAAAUGGACUGAAGCCGGCCGUGGAGGGCUGGUGGGCGACAACAACGUGUCAGGACGCUAAAUGGUCCACUCCACCACAAUGCAUAGAUGUCAACGACUGCAUCCCGCCAACCGUCCCGCAUUCUUCCCACACGCCAAGCCCAGUGGGCUGGUACAAGAACGACUACACAAAAAGGAUAACCUGUGACCCGGGAUACAUGGACAGAAACUACGACGCUACGGCUCGCUGUGAAAACGGAUCAUGGCGCUCGGUGCCGGUCUGCGACAGAAGCACCAAAGCGUGCGAUCGACCCCCAAGGAUUCCCCACGCUGUCAUCGUAAAUCAGAACCCGAAGCAGGAAGUGUUUGCUUCUGAUACGGAGCUGCUGUAUGAGUGUGAAGACGGGUACAACGUACAAGGACAAGACAUCAAGAAGGCCAUCUUUUGCAUCUGGGGCAACUGGACGGCGGCCCCAGACUGCCUCAGAGAAGUAAAGCCAACAUCUGGAGACGGCGGAUCCACAACAUCCACUGGUGGAUUUUCAACCAACAGCGGCUCAAGUGACCCUCAAUUCAUUACAGUCGACCGGUGCGGACCAAGUCCCGUCGUCCCCAACGGCGUGGUCGUGAAAAGGAGCCAGACGUUUGUGAGCUACCAGUGUGCCAGAUACUACACGCUGGUGGGUCCGGAGAGAGUGUUGUGCCACAGCAAUGGCCGCUGGUCCACCGCACCGACCUGCGAAGCGUCCUACUGCUCUGUGGACACUGGCAGAUAUCCACUGAUAAAAUAUGUCGGGAUGAAGUUUUUGAAUAACGGUGAGGAGGUGAAACUGGAGUGUGUGACACAGGCCGACUGGUAUUUCAAACAUUUUACAGUGGCGAGGUGCACUGAUCGACGCAUCACUUUAAGCAAAUGUUGUAACUGGUGGGAUUUUCAGACUAAUCGAUGCUAAGACGAGGUCUGUGAUAUGGCCAGCGCUCGUGAUCUUUGGAUUUAAGGACUUUCUCAAUUCUGCUUUGUCAUGGAGAUAACUAUGUAAGACAACUAAAGAUGAAAGGAAUCUUUAUUUUUUAAUCCUGGUCAACAACAGGUAUUUUGCAAUGAAUUACACAACCAAAAACCGGUGGAGUUGGCACGUUGUGUAAAUUGUAAAUAAAAACGGAAUACAAUGAUUGGGAAAAUCCUUUUCUGACUCCUCAGUACACAGAACACUUUACCACUUUGCAUCUGUCCAUCUUAGAUGAGCUCGGGCCCAGCGAAGCCGGCAGAAUUUCUGGGUGUUGUUGAUAAAUGGCUGUGCGUUUGCAUAGUAGAGUUUUGAACUUGUAGCGACAAACUGUAGUUACUGACAGUGGUUUUCUGAAGUGUUCCUGAGCCCAUGUGGUGAUAUCCAUUACACACUGAUGUCAGUAUCAAAUUCCAAAAUAGCUAAUAUUUACAAAAAAAAAUAAGUUUACCAGUUUGAAUUUUAUUGUCUAUUAUACAUGUAAUAUAUUGUUUUUGCAGUCUAUUCAACUGAAUAUAGGUUGAAAAGGAUUAGCAAAUAAUUGUAUUUUGUUUUUAUUUAUGAUUUACACAACGUGCCAACUUCACUGGUUUUGGGUUUUGUAAAAAUCUAUUUCUUAAGUGUCCAACACAGAAUUAUUUAACAAUUUGCGUCAUAACUCUUCCUCUGUCUUGAUUUCAUUUGUGCAAACUUUGCAGCACUAUUUUUAAAGCCAUUUGGCGGUUGCAUCUGUAUGUGAGUGACAAGUAGAAAAGCUAAGACUCACUUGUGUAGAAGCUGUUUGGCGCUGUGGGAUGGGUUUGCAUGUGCACGACUACCUGUCCCUGGCUCACUUAUUCUGGUCAAUAUUUGCUAAGAUGAAAAAGUCGUAUUUGUUGGGUUGGUGUGAAUAAAACAGCGUUGAAAGCAA